AUGUCCAAGGUAUUCACUGCUGAAGAAGUGCGAAAGCACAACACCCCAGAGAGCUGCUGGGUCGUGCUCUACGGCAAGGUGUACGACGUGACCGAAUUCCUCCCUUCCCACCCCGGCGGCUCCAAGAUCAUCGUGAAGCUGUCCGGCAAAGAUGCGACCGACGAGUACGAUCCAAUUCACCCCCCAGGUAUCCUCGAGGAGAACCUGAAGCCCGAAAACUGCCUCGGCACGAUAGACCCUGAGUCGCUGGCUCUGUUGCAGCCCGCGCCGGCCAAGGCAGAAGACGCGAAGCCAAAGGAGGGACCGCCUCGCUUGGAGACGCUGCUCAACCUUGAUGAGAUUGAAGAGGCUGCCACAAGGUUGAUCCCCAAGAAGGCAUGGGCAUACUACUACUCGGCUGCGGAUGACCUUUGGACGAAGAGCAACAACGGCCGCGCAUACAGGCAGAUUCUGCUCAGGCCGCGCGUGUUUGUUGACUGUACUCAAGUUGAUACCUCUACAUCAAUUCUGGGCCACAAUGUUGGGCUCCCGCUGUUUGUGUCACCAGCUGCCAUGGCCAGACUCGCCCAUCCUGACGGCGAGCGUGGCAUUGCAAAGGCUGCUGCCAAGUUCAAUGCGAUGCAGUGCGUGUCGAACAACGCCUCAAUGACCCCAGAACAAAUCAUUGAGGGUGCUGAGCCAGGCCAGGUCUUCGGAUGGCAACUCUACGUCCAAAACGACAGGGCCAAGAGUGAAGCCAUGUUGAAGCGCAUCAAUGCCAUGAGAGAUCACUACAAAUAUGUCUGCUUGACGCUGGACGCCCCCUGGCCCGGCAAGCGUGAGCUCGACGAGAAGCAGCAGUUUGAGGGAGCCUUCGAGGUCGAGUCAGAGUCAAACUCCAAGACUGAGGAGGCUAAGCGGCCAGGCGGUGGUGGUGUCGGCCAGCAGCUGUUCUUUGGAACGGCAGCCGACUUGACGUGGAAGACAACCCUUCCCUGGCUUGCAAAGCACACCGAUCUGCCCAUCGUGCUCAAGGGACUGCAGACGCAUGAGGAUGCCUACCUGGCUGCUAUGUACGCGCCUCAAGUGAAGGCCAUCAUCUUGUCGAACCAUGGAGGUCGUGCUCUCGACACGGCCCCGCCUGCGGUACACACUUUGCUGGAGAUCCGCAAGUACUGCCCCGAAGUAUUUGAUAAGAUCGAGGUCUGGAUCGACGGUGGCAUCAAGCGUGGAACAGACGUUGUCAAGGCUCUGUGCCUGGGUGCGAAGGCUGUCGGCGUUGGUCGCGCUGCCCUCUUCGGUCUGGGUGCUGGUGGCCAGGCCGGUGUGGAGAGGACGUUCGAGAUCUUGAAGGCCGAGACGGAGACAUGCAUGAGGCUACUUGGUGCGAAGAACAUCAGCGAGCUGGGCCCCAAGUUUAUCAACACUCGCCAAGUUGAGAGGGAUAUAUACGAUGGCGAGUCUGGGCUCGAGAACAGGGUUAGCCUGUGGGUGAAGUCGAAGCUGUAG